AUGUCAAAUUAUCGUCCUUAUUUAUUUCCAAUUGUUUUAUUUCUUCUUCAAAUUCUUUUUACAUUAAUCUUUGGUUUUUACAGUGGAUAUGAAUAUUUUCCCGUUUCAAAUGUAACAGAUUUUGAAAAUCCACCUCGUGGUCUUGUUGAAUUUUAUUAUUCAAUGUUUACUGAUAUUCAUGUGAUGAUGUUUAUUGGUUUUGGAUUUUUAAUGACUUUUUUAAGUCAUUAUUCUUAUUCAGCUAUUGGAUUUAAUUUUAUCUUAUGUGCUUUUACAGUUGAAUGGGCCUUGAUAAUGCGUGGUUUUAUGUUUGAUUGGAAUGUUUCUGAACAAAAAUUUUUAGUUGAUAUUCAAAGUUUAUCAACAGCAGAUUUUGUUUCAGCUAGUAUACUUAUAUCAAUGGGAGCAGUUUUAGGACAAGUUAGUCCUCUUCAAUUAAUAAUAAUGUCAUUUAUGGAAGUUCCCUUACAAGUUGUUAAUGAAUGGAUUGGAACACAUUUUCUUUGUGCAAGUGAUGCUGGUGAAUCAAUGUUUGUACAUGUAUUUGGAGCAUAUUUUGGUUUAGCUGUUGCUUUUGUUUUAUUUCAUUCGAAAAUUCUUGAUUCUACUCUUGAAAAAUCUCGUUAUACAUCUGAUUUAUUUUCUAUAAUUGGUACAAUGUUUCUUUUUUGUUUUUGGCCAUCAUUUAAUGCAGGUACAGCAAGUGGCAUUGAAAGACUUUAUGCAAUAACAAAUACAUAUGUAUCGAUAUGUGCAUCCGUUAUUGGUGCUUUUCUUAUGUCAACACUUGUUAAAAAAGGUAAAUUAGAUAUGAUACAUAUACAAAAUUCAACAUUAGCUGGUGGAGUUGCUGUUGGAACUGUAGCAACAUCAAAUAUUGGUUUACAUGGUGCAAUGACAAUUGGUACACUUGCUGGAAUGAUAUCUGUUUUAGGUUUUCAUUUUCUUUUACCAAAAUUACAACGUAUACGUAUUCAUGAUACAUGUGGAGUUAAUAAUUUACAUGGAAUGCCUGGUUUAAUGGCUGGAAUUACUGGAAUUAUUCUAGUUUUUUCUGGAAAUCGAUCAAAUUUUUUAGAUCAUUUAACAGAUGUUUGUCUUAGUGGUGGAAAACAACGAACUAAUAAUAUGCAAUCAGCAUAUCAAGCAGCUGCACUUGGUUUAACAUUAUGUAUAGCUAUUGUUGGUGGAUUAAUUACAGGUGCAGUUUUGAGAUUACCGAUUUUUGUACAAAAUUUUGAAAAUUUUGAAGAUGAAUCAAAUUGGCAUUUACCUGAAGUUGGUGAAGCUGGUGAAGCUGGUCAACCUAGUGAUGCUGGUAGUUUAAAUAAAAUCUUAGAUAGACGAUUUAGUAUUAUACCUGUUGCUAAUAUGAAUAAAAAUAUGCAACGACGAUUUAGUGUUUUUCCAGAAUAA